AUGGAAUCGUUUGUCAUUGUUCGAGGAAAUCAGCGCGUCGUUGAAGUUACGGCAGAAAUUGAUGGCAUUAUCAGCAAAAAGACUUUGAGGGCAGCUUUCCAACUUGAAGAGGACGUGCCGAUCGGAUUGUGCAGAGAAGACGAUUUUUUUGAGCUACAAGAUGGAUGGAACGGAGCCGAGUACGAAUUGCGAUGGGAGGAAGAGCGACGAUCGCGUCCAGCAACGCCAGCAGAUCAAGGUGCUACUAAUCCGAAAAGGCAAAAACUGGACCCGGCUCCCGAACAGCUCCCUGUUGAUGGUGAUUUGGCCGCUUCUAUUGGACAAUAUGCUCUGUUUUACAAUGUGAAAAGCGACGACUACAAAAGAUGCGCGAUCCCGUUGAGCACGAAACUCGCAGCAACAUUUCAACAUGGCGAGAACAAAAAGAUCAAAAUAGAUGAUGAAAUUGUAAUUCGCUCGUGGUCGGAUGAGAAGUUCAAUGUAAAAACUCGUGUUGUGAGAAUCAUUGAAGAACUCGAUGUGAUCAUCUUGAAAUCGGACGAAAAAGAUUUGUGUAAUCAAAGUUUGCGUUUGAGUCCAGUUCCGCCUCAAAAAGGAAUGGAAUAUCUGAUGAUGGGAUAUUCGAUUCUUCACAACAAGACAAGCCAUCUUUCACUGUCUACCGGAAUCAUCGCUAGUGAUGUGAAGCGAAGAUUUCGAUAUACGGGAUCGAGUGGCUCAUUCAAAGGAGAUAGUGGUGGCGGAUGUUGGAACAAAAAGGGGCAAUUAAUAGGAAUGCAAGUCGAGGUGGAAAAGGUGGGGCACACGAAAGAUGACAAAGGACGACCUGCAUCUCCUGCAUGCGGAGGUCGUUGUUGUAUCGUCUCAGUCGAUGAUGUUCUCGUGGCGAUUCGGGAUUUGUUGCCACCGGCCGACUCUGAUGAUGAAUAUGAAUGGAACGAA